GGGUCGAGUUUUGUGCCGGUGAACGCGGCAAGCGUGGUCAGUCCGAGCCAGAGCCCAGCGUGGAGUGGAGGCAUCUCCGCCAGCCAAGUCCAACCCUCGGCGUGCGUCGUGCCCAACCCGACCAGCUCACGCGUGUGAAGGGGUCCGGGUCGUGUCGUGUCGUGCGUGUGUCCUAGCAGUGGAGUGAGUGCAUCAAGUGCCGUGACCAUCCUCAGCCACCAAGUGGACCGGGCGACACCGCCGCCGACGCCGUGCUCGCUGUGCUCUCGACGUGGGCAUCUUGCAUCGCCUGAUAGCGAGUCUCGCUAGCAGGCCCCGCAGCCCCCGCGGACUACUAUCCUUUUCUUCCCGACGACCAGGUCUUCCCCGGCCGCCGCCAUGCUGUUCCCCAAGCUGGAGCAGUUCAAGUGGCUGUACAAGUGGUACGUGCUGGUCAUCCUGACGCUGGGCUACCUCCUGGCCGAGCUGGGACACUUCCUCAUCGGAGUAACAAGCAAAGCCACCUCCAGGGAGCUCGGCUACGGCGACUUCGCCUGCCAGUUUAUCAAUGUGACACACUACAGCGUGCCCAACAUCACCAUUUGCGACACCCUCAAGACACAAGAAACAUGCGUGGAGGAGACACACUGCGAGUGGGACCGCAACGGCCUGGGCUACGACUACCAGUUGAUGGCCGGCCCCACUUUCAUCGCUGUCUACACCAUCGUGGGCGUCUUCUUCGGCAUCGCCGCCGACAGGUUCAACAGGGUGCGCAUGCUGUGCAUCGCCACGCUCAUCUACGCCGUGUCGGUGCUGGGCUCGGGCGCGGCCAAGGCGUACUGGAUGCUCAUCCUCAUGAGGAUGGUGCUGGCGGCGGGCGAGGCUGCCUGCAACCCGCUCAGCACGGGCCUGCUGUCCGACAUCUUCCCUGAGAAGGACCGAGGCCUCGUCAUGUCCAUCUUCAACUGGGGCAUUUUCGGCGGUUACGGCCUGGCCUUCCCCGUGGGCCGCUACGUCACCCCCAUGAACCUCUUCAACCUGGGCUGGCGCGCGUGCUACUACAUGACGGGCAUCUUGGCCGUGGUGGUGGCCGUCCUGACGGGCGUGACGCUGCGCGAGCCGGAGCGCACCAUGAUCGGCGAGGAGAAGCACAAGGACGCGGACGACGCGACCAUGGACCGCAAGCUGGCCGUGCUGGACGUGGAGAAGAACCACCCCGAGAAGCAGGUGGACAGCGCCUGGAAGGUGCUGCUGGAGCCGCGCGUGGUGCUGCUGUGCCUCGCGGCCUCCGUCAGGCACUGCGGCGGCAUCUGCUUCGCCUACAACUGCGACCUGUACUACAACCAGUACUUCCCCGGCGUGGACCUAGGCUGGUCCCUGUUCAUCGUGACCUGCUUGGUGGGCAGCAUCGGCGUCAUGCUCGGCGGCGUCAUCUCGGAUCGCUUCGUCUUGUACAUGGGCGUCCGCGGACGCCUGCUCGUCCUCGCCCUCAGCCAGCUCAUCGCCACCCCCUUUGCCUUUGGAAGCGUGUACUUCGACCCACUGUGGGCCAUGAUCACCCUUGGUAUUGCCUACCUAUUCGCUGAAAUGUGGUUUGGAAUUCUGUUUGCCACUCUUGUCGAAGUUGUGCCCAUGUCCGUGCGAUCCACCACUGUGGGAGUGUUCUUGUUCGUCAUGAACAACAUCGGUGGAAACCUCCCAGUGCUGGUUGAACCAGUUAGCAAGUCGCUGGGAUACCGUGAGGCUUUAUACAUCUUCUACGUAGGAUUCCAAUUCAUCAGCUCCAUUAUGUUCUUUGGAACCAUGUUCCUGAUGCCGAAGAAACACAAGAAAGAAGAAGUGCCAAUGCAAGUCCAGGUACCAGCCAAUGGUGUAGUAAACUCUGUUUCUGCAAAUGUGGAGUCCAUCAGGCUGUAAUGCGUUAUAGAAAGUCAUCCAGUCAACACCAAAGAAAACCAGGGAAUUCACCUGGCUAAUUCGCCAUAUACAUUCACAAUGUUGUCCAUUGACUCAAUAUGAGGCUUUUGACACUUAAUUUGGGUAUCGGAACUAGUAUUUGUGCUUUUAUUUUCGUUUAAAAAUGUGACAUUACUUUCUUUUACUUUGAAAAACAGCACAUAAAUGACAUACUUUACGAGAUAAUGAACAUGUCAUUUUGUCAUCCAUUGAUCAUGUAUAGGAUUUCAUUAGUGUAUAGAAUAAUGCUUAAUUGAAAUUUUCAUCUUUCACUUUCCUGAGGCGAGAUGUAUUUUUCAAUCUUGCAUUGUUGUCAUUUUGUCAUUUUAUACAUUUCAUUUUGUAGUGUUCAGCAAAACACAGGGCUUAACAGCAUAAGUGAAUUAUCCAUGUGUCAUAUGCCUUUUAUAAUUUAUUUUCUAGGUAGGGUGAACUACCAUACACUGAGUACUGAAAUUUCACAUCCUUACAAGUAAUGACUGGCUCUUCUUUCCCUUCUGUGACCAGAAGUUAUAACUUCCAUAAUUACUAUAUCUUCACUUUUUAUUUUUCUAUGACUGACUGUUUUGUCAAUCAGAUCUUUUUUUCCCUACUAUUCAGCUUGUAUCUAUUCCUUUGGUCUGCAACUUUGAAAUUGACGAUAUUUGAAAUGUCACGCAAUUCAUGCACAAGGCUAGACGAAAUUUGGCUCCAAAUUUGGUUUUAAUUAUUUGACCAUUAUUGGGGGACUGGGACUGUUUGUGAUAGUGAUGGAUGGUACAUGUUUCUUGUGUUAUUUAUCAUGAUAGUUUUUUAAUUAUGUAAAGUGUACUUUAAGAUAAGACUAAAUGUGAUAUGAUGGAUGAAAUGUAAUGGGGGUGAUUAAUUGCAUCACCAUGCAUAUUGUAAAUUUAGCCUAUUUCUAAACUUAGUUGUAAAUAAAUAAUUUAAAAUUGA